AUGGAAAUUCCUCAGAAGGGAGGAAAUUCAUUUGAUAGAAAAAAAGUGAAGAAGAGAAAACAGUACUUCUUUUUUACAAACAUCAGACGGGCGGAAAUAAUAAAAGGGAAGGGGCGAGAGCAAUACAAAAGCCGCCGUCCCUUCCGCUGCAACGAUUAUGACGCAAAGGACAUCGUCAUCUUGGAGGGAUUGGAAGCUGUGAGGAAGAGACCUGGCAUGUACAUCGGGAACACAGACGUGAAAGGCCUCCACCAAAUACUGUUCGAAAUUAUUGACAAUUCGGUAGACGAAUACAAUAACUUUGAGUGUAACGAAAUUAAAAUUGUUAUUCACCAAGACGAGAGUGUUACGAUAGAGGACAAUGGAAGGGGCAUACCCUGUGAUGUUCAUGAGAAGACCAAAAAGUCGGCUUUAGAAACCGUUCUGACUGUUUUGCAUUCCGGGGCGAAGUUUGUCGAUGACGAAGCUGAUGCGCAGUUGGAGGGGGGAAGCUCCGUGGGGGGCCUCAGCGAUGGAGGCGGGGAAGACCAACGGGGCGCAACGGGGGAGCAUAAGGGGGAGCACAAGGGGGAGCAGAAGGCCAAGGCAAGAGUGGCGGAAAGGGGGGCGGAAAAGUUGGACGAAAAAAAAUCCCCCCAAAAAACCCCAAAGGAAGCUCCCCAGAAAAGCCCCUCCCAAAUGUACAGAUUCUCGUCCGGCCUCCACGGAGUCGGCCUGUCCGUUGCCAACGCCCUGAGCAGCUUCAUGAAGGUGAAGGUUUUCAGAAGGGGCAAAAUCCACAGCAUCGAAUUGGAAAAGGGAAAAGUAGUAACCCCGCUAAGUGUUCGGGACUGCCCAGUUAGCAAGCGAGGAACGCAGAUACAUUACAGGCCGGACCCCACCAUUUUUAAGAACACCAUCAGGCAUAACGCGGAGAUGAUCAGAAAUAGGAUCCACCAACUGGCCUACCUGAACGACAGGCUUAGUUUCUACUUUUACGAUGAGAGGGCGGCCAAGAAAGCGGCGGCGGAAGCGGAAAACGCGGCAAACGCGGCAGAUUUGGCAGAUGUGGCAGACCAUGCGGGGAACACCGCUGAGCACAACAACCUAGACUUCUACCCCUACGAAGUGAUAAAGCACGAGGGGGGGCUGGACGAGUACAUGGAAAGCCUAACGAAAAAUAAAGCAAGCCUGUUCAAAGACAGCAAUAAAGUUAUUAGCAUCACUUGUCACCAUAAAAAUGUUCAUAUCGAUUUAAGAUUGAAGUGGACGCAAGGUGAGUACCAUGAGCACAUCAUCAGUUUUGUGAAUAAUGUAAAUACGACCGAUGGGGGGACCCACGUAGACGCGAUGAAGUAUGCCAUAAGCAGGUGUGUAAAUUUUAAUAUAAAAAAAAACGAGGCAACAAGAAAUUUUGUUAACAUCCCAGGAGAGUACAUAAGGGAAGGAAUGACGGCCAUUUUGUCGAUCAAAAUGAAUAACCCAGAAUUUGAGGGACAGACCAAAACUAAACUCGGUUCCCACUUUUUAAAACCCAUUUUGGAAAGUGCCAUUUUUGAAAAGUUGUCUGAAAUUUUCGAUUUCGAACCAAAUUUGCUCAACACAAUUUAUUUGAAGGCAUUACAAGCUAAGGCAAGUGAUGAGGAGGCUAAGGCGGCCAGGGAUUUAAUUAGGUCAAAAAAUAAUCAGUGCUAUGCCACCAUCUUGCCAGGAAAAUUAGUCGACUGUAUAAGUGAUGAUAUAAAUCGAAAUGAAAUUUUCAUCGUCGAGGGAGACAGUGCUGCUGGAAGUGCUAAGCAAGCCAGGAACAGAGAGAUACAGGCGAUUCUCCCUUUAAAGGGAAAAAUACUUAACGUAGAAAAAAUUAAAAAUAAUAAAAGGAUAUUUGAAAACUCAGAAUUGAAGUCUCUCAUAACGGCCAUCGGGUUGAGCGUCAGUUGUGAAAACAGCAAAAUAGCCAAGGGGAAAAGCACCAUCAAUAGUAAAAAAAAAGAUCUCAAAAAGAAGUAUGAUUUGAGAAGCGGCAAAAAGGAAAAUGCUCAAGUUAACAACGCACUGGUGAGUAAGAAGAAGAACCCCCUUUUUGAUACCCCCCUGAGGUAUGGGAAAAUUAUCAUCAUGACGGAUGCUGACGUCGAUGGGGAACACAUACGAAUACUGCUCCUUACCUUUCUCUACAGAUUUCAGAAAAAUAUUAUUCAAAAUGGAAACGUCUUUGUUGCCUGCCCACCCUUAUACAAAGUCACAUACAACCGAUUUUUUGACGCCACCAUAAAGGAGACAGUAAUGAAGCAGUUCAACGUGAGUACGAAGAAUUCUAAGACCCUCAUUCAUACAUACUCGGAUGACGAGUUAAAUGUCCUGCUGGGGCUGUUGGACAAGGAUAGGUCUUCUCACGCGGAGCACAGGAGCGCCCAGUUGGGGAGGGGAAAACCUACCCGCGGGGGGAACCUCCCAAGUGACGACCGUGGUAGCGGUUUGGCCGGUUUGGCCGACUUGAACUUUGGGUACAACGGCGCUGAUGAGGUGACGAAAGAGGGGGAGCUCAGCACGGAUGACUCGAGUGUAGCGAACACUGAGAAUGCCGAUCCCGCCGCCAACAGCGCAUUUUUCACCUUCUCCAAGCGGUACGAAAUACAGCGGUUCAAGGGGCUCGGGGAGAUGAUGGCCGACCAACUGUGGAGCACCACCAUGGACCCGCGCGUGCGCAAGCUGAUCAGGGUGACCGUCAGCGACGCCAUGCGGGCCAACAACUUGAUCUUCUCCCUCAUGGGGGAGGACUCCAAGUUGCGCAAAAGCUUCAUUCUGGAGAAUUCGCCCGCGCCGGGGUGA